AUGCUGUACAAAGACCUCGUCACUCUAGCCCUAUACGCCAGCCUGAGGCACCAAAAUGCGGCCGUCCUCCUGACAACCCUAACAGCACUGGGUGCACUGCUUCUACUGACACCAUGCCUGAUUCUCCUCUUUAUGCUUCUGCGCCUCUUCUUGGUAUCGCAUCAAGUGGCUCCCCUAUCCAAUGAACCGCAGUCUAUCUUUGGAAAACCUCUAUUAUUUCCCGUGCAGCUCAACCAUGUGCGUUUAAACCCUGUCAAGGACCAAUUCGCCAACAGAUUCCUCAUGAUCGGCAUCCCCGUCGGGAUGCGCGCACGCUAUGGCAACCUGCUGGCGAUCGACGACAAGCGGUUGACGCUCCACGACUCGACACAUGAUGGUCCAUCGUGGAGGUCCUUCCUGGCGCAGGCGACGUGCUGGCUCACGGUCGACGGGGAGCGGUACCUCCACCGCGGGGAUCAGGAUCUCGAUAUGCGGGCAAAAUUAGAUCGAUACUUGCUGAAAGAGAACGAGGAUCCUUCCCACUGGCCGUACGCGUACCUCCUCACCGUCCCACGGUUUUUCUGGUGGUCGCGCAGUGUCGUGUCGUGGUGGUACCUCUACAACGCCGACCGCGAACUCGACGCCAUGAUCAUGGAGAUCAACAACUCCUACGACGAGAAGCGCAAUUACUUCUUCCGGGUCGAGCGCGGCGAGACCCCCAUCCCUGCUCUGAAGAAGGGGAACGAGACCGACAAACCUCAUUUCCUCGAUGACGCCUCCACCAUUCGUAGCGCACCCUCCCAACCCAAAGCAACCUACUACAAGGGCACCUGGCAGAAAUUCAUCUUCGCUUCGCCGUUCGAGAAGGUCGACGGCGCCAUCGCCAACCGGUUCAUGGAUCUGGCGCACGGCGCCCCGUGGAAGCCCAACGCCACGCUGCUCAACACCAACACGCUGAGCCCGCAGGGCAAAGUCAAGAUGGUCACGCGCAUCACCUGCUGUGGCACGCCGCUCGAUCCCGCGCAGAUGGGCUUCAGUGAUCUGGCGCGGAUUGUACUGCGGUGGACGUUGCCGGGCGUGCUGACGACCCCGUAUAUCGUGCUCGAGGCGUUGCGGAUUCGCUGGAAGGGCUGGAUGAAGAUGAUGGAGAAGACCCCCGUGCGCAGUGGGAGUAUUGGGCGUCAUCCGACUCGGGCUGAACGUCAACUCGAACCUUUCUUCCGCGCCUACCUCGCCCACUGUGUCUCCUCCUCUCCCGAGCCAAUGGAAGUAACCUACAUCCCUUGCCGCGCUUUCUCCGACGAGACCAUUCACAUGAGAUCCCCGUACUGUUCAACCGAAAGUACAUCCGUGCGGACCGUGACCAUCGAAGUCCUCGACCCCCCUUUUUACACGCGUAUCGCCAAUCAUUUCACCGCCUGGGAGGGACUAUCGACUGAAAUGCGCGCAACAGGCCAAGAAGCCGAUGCUGGCUCGCAGAACAUCGCGGUCUCGGACCCAACAUUGCUGCAGAAGAUCGUGAGCUUCUCGCCCACCCUAAAGGAUGAGCAUCGUCCAGUGUCUGCAGGGUUUCCCAUCCUGAAAUGGUGUCGCUGGAAUUCGACACCUAGCUUUAUGGAUACCUUUGUGGCGAGCGAGCAGACGCCCUCCACGCAGAAGAAGUACGCCACGCUGGCGGUGCGAUACCUCCUUGCGCCGGGGGUGGCGUACUCCCCGCUGAUCAUGGAUGUGCUGGUGGAUGCAUUGCUUUUUAUAGUAGGCGUGAUGGGACGAGCAGGCUUGCUGGAGGUGGUGCUACAGCAGAGAAGAAUGACUGGAUUGCCUAUGGACGUUGCAGCGCAGACCCUGAUGAGCGCGGUAGUCUACUUUGCGGGGAUGAGGGGGGUUGGAGUCGUGCGGGAUCGUUUCUUGACGGGGCAGGCAUAA